CCUCCAUCUCCACCCCCACCCUGUCCACCAAAGAAAAAGAAGCGCCCUGACCAAGAGCAGAAAGCCAUAAAGAUCCAGGCGUGGUGGCGGGGUACUCUGGUGCGCAGGACCUUGCUACACGCAGCACUCAGAGCAUGUAUCAUUCAGCACUGGUGGAAGGUGACGCUGGCAAAGCUGCUGGAGAAGAGAAAACAAGCAGUCCUCGAGUCCUUCUUGCGGCAAGAAUGGGCAGUGGUCAAGCUGCAGUCCUUGGUCCGCAUGUGGCGCAUCCGCCAGAGAUACUGCCGUUUGCUCCACGCUGCCCGCAUCAUCCAGGUCUAUUGGCGCUGGCAUAAUUGCCAUUCCCGUGGCUUUUUCCGUGGCAACUACGACCUCACAGCAUCCCAACUGGGUCUGGAACUCGAGAUUUUUUUGGGGUCACAGAUUUGUCGGAUUACAGACAGCAUCCCCUUUCCAAUAAAGAACUGAUCAGGUCUGCUCCCA